AUGCUGGAGCUGAACACCGCCUCCUGGUGGCAGUCGGCGGAGGCGCCUCACUGCACCGUCUGCUGCUGCACCGCCGUCAACAAGGUGGUCAUGGUGAUCUUCAUGGUCCUGCUGGUCGUGGCCAUCCUGUUCGGUAACGUGGUGACCCUGGCCGUGGUUCUGGGCACGCGUCACUUCCACACGCCGCAGGGCUACCUCAAAGCCUCACUCGCCGUCGCCGAUCUAGCCGUGGGAAUCUUUGUCGUCCCUUUAUCCGUUUAUGCCGAAGUUUCCCUCAUGGUGACUGACUCCGCCCCCCAGUGGACGACUUUCAACUCGCAACUGGUCAGCUUCCACCCAUGCAACGUCAUCGGGCCUAUCUUCGCCGGGUGCACGUUUGUUUCCAUAACGACUAUUUUCAUGUUAACGAUCGAGCGAAGCAUCGCCGUUUUGAGACCUCUCCACAAAGACUCCGUGAUCACCAGAAAACGCACCACCAUUUUGAUCGUGCUUUCUUGGAUUGGGAGUUUUUUCCUCGCUGUUUUGCCGAUGAUUUUCAGCAGGGACAUUGCACUGGAGUAUAAUUCGUGCAGUCGGAUGUGUAACUACGCUUUGGGGACCAUCACAGAGUUCCCGUCUCAAGCUUGGAACAUACUUUUGCUUUUUCCAACCUUCGAUUUCACGCUUUUAGGAGGAACCGUCGUCAUCAACAUCAUUUCUCUGUCCAGUAUCCGUCAGCAUUCCAAGAGGAGGAAACAUCUGGCAGAAUCGGAAUGCCAGAGCUCCAGCAAACCCACCUUCUCGGACAUAAAGGCGGCGAAGACCAUCGGCGCUCUGACGGUGGCGUUCACGGCCUCGUUCACGCCCAUCGCCGUCUUCGUGGUGGGGAAUGUUCUGGGGAAUAAAUGGUGUAACUUCUCGUUUUUCUCCUUCUGGAUUUUGGCGUCGAACAGCUGUUGGAAUGUGAUCAUCUACAGCGUGAGAGACCACAAGUUCAGACUGUGUGCGCAGAAACUGUUUGUGCCGCUCAGGAGAAAAAACUCUGUCACCAGUUAG